AUGCCUGGUAAUGUUGUACAAGGCGCUACUAUUACAAUCACUUGGGCAGAUACAAUUAGCAGUUCAAUAACCCUUUCUGUUCAAUCUUACCAAUGGACGGUCAAUGUUCCCGCGGGUACAUAUUAUAUUGGUCUCAAUAAUGGAUCUGGUAAUAAGCUCUCUGGAACUUUCACAGUUUUUACUGCUGCUAGUGCUAGUGUUGCUAAUACACUUACAGCAACAAGUUCUCCUAUUUCG